AUGCAGGCCAAAACAUUCAAUUUCAUCCCAUUGAAACCGUCGUCGCCGGCGAUCAAACUGCGACGACCUCAGGCGAUCUCGUUCCCCGAUAGUGUCCCUCGAAACAUUUCCAUAACCAUACCAACUCAAGAAGUUUCGACUUCCGUUCAAGAUGAAAAAGUCGCAGCUUAUUGGGAUUACCAGUUUCUGUUUGUUUCCCAACGAUCAGAAACUGCUAAUCCCAUCAGCUUACGCAUUUGCGAAGGCUCCAUACCUGCAAAUUUCCCACUCGGCACGUAUUAUCUGACUGGUCCGGGUCUGUUUCGCGACGACCAUGGCUCAACGGUGCACCCGCUAGACGGCCACGGAUAUCUUCGAGCGUUCACGAUCGAUGGUUCGAAAGGUGAGGUCACCUUCAUGGCUCGAUACAUUGAGACCACGGCGCAGACCGAGGAGCACGACCGUGAAACCGGCAAGUGGCGGUUCACCCACCGUGGCCCGUUUUCGGUGCUGAAGAACGGGAAAAAGAUCGGAAACACGAAAGUGAUGAAAAACGUGGCUAACACGAGCGUGUUGAAGUGGGGAGACCGGUUGUUUUGCUUGUGGGAAGGUGGUGCUCCUUACGAGAUUGAAUCUGGAUCGUUGGAUACGAUCGGAAAGUUUGAUCUGAUCAACGGUGAUGAUGGAUCAUGUAGGUCCGACGACGGAGAUGCGGUGGUGGAGGGUGGUGGAAGGCUGUUGGAUCUUGCUGCAAGCAUAUUGAAGCCAAUAUUAUAUGGUGUUUUCAAGAUGCCACCCAAACGGCUGUUGUCGCAUUACAAGAUUGAUUCUUCGAGGAAUAGACUUCUUAUGAUGUCAUGCAAUGCAGAAGAUAUGCUCCUCCCACGCAGUAAUUUCACCUUCUACGAGUUCGAUUGCAAUUUCAAGAUGGUAGAGAAGAAAGAAUUCAAGAUCCCAGAACAUCUAAUGAUCCACGACUGGUCUUUCACUGAUUCUCAUUACAUCUUGUUUGGAAACCGAAUCAAACUCGACGUUCUUGGAUCAAUGGCAGCAGUAUGUGGAUUUACUCCAAUGAUAUCAGCAUUAUCUGUAAACCCUAGCAAAUCCACAUCUCCAAUAUAUAUGCUUCCUCGUUUUCAUGAUGAAGGAUCAGGGAGAGAUUGGAAAAUCCCCAUUGAAGCUCCUUCUCAAAUGUGGGUUCUUCAUGUCGGAAAUUCGUUCGAACACAAAGAUGGUGACGGAAACGUGCAGAUCGAGAUCCAAGCGAGUGGUUGUUCGUAUAAAUGGUUCAAUUUUCAGAAAAUGUUCGGAUACGAUUGGCAAAGUGGCAAGUUGGAUCCGUCAAUGAUGAACGCAGACGGAGAAAAUAACUUGUUGCCUCAUCUAAUCCAGGUUUCGAUUAACUUGGAUGCAAACGGAAAUUGCAAAAAAUGUCGUGUGAAUCCUCUAAACACACAAUGGGAAAAAGCAACCGAUUUCCCAGUUAUCAAUCAAGAUUUCGGUGGAAGCAACAACAAGUACGUGUAUGCGGCGACAUCUUCAGGUGUUCGUCGGGAACUUCCGCAUUUUCCAUUCGAUACAGUAGUGAAGUUCGACACGGUGACGAAUUCGACCCACACGUGGUCAACGAGCGCCCGACGGUUCAUCGGUGAGCCCAUUUUCGUCUCGAAUGGAAACAAAGAAGAUGAUGGGUACCUUCUUGUGGUAGAGUAUGCAGUGUCAAAACAACAAUGCUAUCUGGUGAUUUUGGAUGCAAAGAAGAUUGGGGAGACCAAUGCAGUUGUGGCAAGACUUGAAGUGCCAAAAUACUUGAAUUUUCCUAUAGGAUUUCAUGGUUUUUGGGCUCCUACAAAUAAGAGUUUAGCAUCUCUUAAAAAACAAACAGUAUCAUAA